AUUAAUGUUAAGACUUCUCUUCUACCUCCUCUCUCUCCUAUCGUAAAGUGAUAUGAUAAUACCCUGAAACAAAAACCACCGCCUCUUUCUCGGCAACCAAACAAGAGGAAAAAAAAAAGAAAAAAAAAAAGAAGAAAAAACUAAGUGGGAAAAAAAUUCCUAAAGUCCAAGCUGCAAUGGCGGAUCCGAUCCCAGCACCACAUAGAUCCGCCACUGACUUCUUCUCGGACCCACUCGAUGCCCACCCGCUCUGGUUCAAGCCCUCUCUAUUCCUCUCCCAGAAUUUCGAUUCCGAAUCCUAUAUCUCCGAGCUCCGAACCUUCGUUCCUUUCGACACUCUUCGAUCCGAGCUUCAGAGCCAUCUCUCUUCCCUCAACCACGAACUCAUCGAGUUGAUCAACCGUGACUAUGCUGACUUCGUCAAUCUCAGUACAAAACUCGUCGACGUGGAUGCAGCUGUGGUGCGAAUGCGCGCUCCAUUGGUUGAGCUCAGGGACAAGAUCGAGCAGUUCAGAGGCUCCGUGGAUGGCGCGCUUGUGGCUUUAAAGAACGGUUUGAAACAGAGAUCGGAGGCUGCCUCCGCCAGAGAGGUCUUGGAGCUUUUGCUCGAUACAUUUCACGUGGUCUCUAAGGUUGAAAAAUUGAUAAAGGAGCUGCCAAGUGUGCCAGCUGAUUGGUCAAAUGGAGAUGUAAAUUUGAUGGACAAAAACUCUAUGAAUAACGGGCCUUCCUUACAAUCUGUUGAGAAUGGAACAAAUCUAAGAGAGACUCAAAGUAUGCUUUUGGAAAGAAUUGCAACCGAGAUGAAUCGACUGAAGUUCUAUAUCGCUCAUGCGCAGAACCUGCCUUUCAUUGAGAACAUGGAGAAGAGGAUUCAAAGUGCUAGCUUAUUAUUAGAUGCUAGCUUGGGACAUUGUUUUGUAGAUGGACUGGAACACCGAGAUGCAAAUGCAAUUUACAAUUGCUUACGUGCAUAUGCUGCAAUUGAUAACACUAGGAAUGCGGAGGAACUUUUUCGUACAACUGUAGUCGCUCCCUUGAUACAGAAAAUUAUUCCACAUGGACCAUCAGCACUGGAUCUAGGGUCUUCUGGAGAUGAACUUGAGAAUGAUUAUAUGCACAUCAAACAAUGCAUUGACAAGGACUGCAAAUUUUUGUUGGAAAUUUCUUUUGAAGAAAAUUCAGGUUUGCAUGUAUUUGACUUCUUGGCCAAUUCAAUCCUCAAAGAGGUUCUCUCAGCUAUUCAAAAGGGAAAACCUGGUGCUUUUUCUCCUGGAAGACCCACAGAGUUCUUAAAAAAUUACAAAUCAAGCCUCGACUUUCUGGUUGAUCUAGAAGGCUACUGUCCGUCCAGAUCUGCUGUUGCAAAAUUCCGAGCAGAAGCAGUUUAUAAUGACUUUAUGAAGCAGUGGAAUCUUGGGGUUUAUUUCUCUUUAAGGUUUCAUGAGAUAGCGGAGGCUCUUAAUUCGGCACUUGAGUCGACCAGUCUUGUUCCUGUUCAUAAUGAGCACUCUGGUCAAGGAAAUUCUCAAAAUUUAACAUUAAAGCAAAGUGUCACUUUGUUAAAUUCCUUGAAAUCCUGCUGGAGAGAAGAUGUUCUUAUCCUUUCCUGCGCUGAUAAGUUCCUGCGCUUAUCCUUGCAGCUUCUAUCAAGAUACUCGAAUUGGUUGUCAUCUGGUUUGACUGCUCGUAAGGUGGGAAAUGCAGGCUCCAACAGCGGAAAUGAAUGGGCAAUUUCUGCUGUCCCAGAGGAUUUUGUUUAUAUCAUUCAUGACAUAAAUUGUCUGGCCAUGGAGGUUGACGGAGACUACUUGGAACAUGUUCUUCAGCUACUUUCUUCAUGCCCUUCCGAUGCUCUUAAUCUUGUAAAACAGAGUAUUUCUCAGGGUGGAAAGUCAUUGAAUGAUUUAAUACCUAAAGUUAUCAACACAAUUGUAGCAGCUCUAGUUGAGAAAUCUGAUGAGGACUUGAGACAGCUAAAGGGAAUAACAGCAACAUACAGGAUGACUAAUAAACCUCUUCCUGUCCGGCAUUCGCCAUAUGUAUCAGGGAUAUUACGUCCUCUGAAGGCUUUUCUGGAAGGAGAGCGAGCUACCAAAUAUUUGACCGAGGAAACAAAAAGCGAACUGCUUAUUGGUGCUACAACAGAGAUAACCAACCGUUAUUAUGAGUUGGCUUCUGAACUUGUUAAUGUGGCUCAAAAAACAGAGACAUCACUCCAAAGAAUAAGGCAAGGUGCACAAAGGCGUGCAGGAGCAAGCUCAGAUGUCUCAGACCAGACCGUGUCCAACACAAAAAAGAUUUGCACACAAUUGUUACUGGAUAUACAGGAGUACGGUCGCAACCUCGCUGCUCUUGGUGUUGAUGCAGCAAGUAUCCCGGCAUACCGUUCUUUGUGGGACUGUGUAACCCUUCCGGACAAUCCAAUCCCCAUCAAUUUUUAGAAUUUGGACAUUUGGCUUCGACACCCUCCUUUUGUAGAUUACUACUGCCUUCAUUUUUCCUUCUAUUAUUAGUUGAUUUUGUCUAUGAACCACAAAUUUUCUUUUUCCUUUUAAUAGUUACAUAUUAGACAUUCAAUUUCAA